AUGGAGCACACAUCUAAUAAUAGGUCCAAUAACGAAGAUAUCAAAUUUAUCAAAAAGCUACAAAGUGAAAAUAUUACCUUAAUCAGUUACUCGGAAGUUAAAAAUACAAAAUUUAUAAAAACUAUGCACUAUGGGGUUACCGUAAGAGGCCAAUGGCGUAAUCAUAAC